AUGAGAUCUAUCGCAAUCGGGCUGAGUACUAUAUAUCACAAUAAUAUUGUGUAUACCGACUUGAAGAUAGAGAAUAUCCUUAUUAAAGGGUUUAACAAUAAAUCUCUAGGCUCCGGUAAACUUCUGGUGAUCAAGAUUGCUAAUCUUGGGAUAGUAAAGCUCAUUAAUAAGGAUAUCCCGGAAAAGGAUAUUGAGACGGUCUAUGCUGCUCUUAAUCCGGUUUCAGAGCUACGCCCGAGUGCACUUGAGCUUCUGAAGUAUGGCUAUAUUUAA